UCCCGGAAUGGGCGGAGCCUACGCUAUGGUGCCUGUUGCCUAGCAACACGCACGCUCGGCGCUGGGUAGGAAGUGGCGUGGUGCUGAAACUGGAAGAAGCCGGAAAAGGCCGGAUGUGAACGCCGCCUGGUGUCGCGACACCGCGUGAUCGGGAUAUCGUGACAGAAGAGGCGCGGGGGACCUCAGUGAGCGGUGCCUUGGGGGAUAACACCAGUGAAUUGGCAGCAUGGCUCGGGGACAGCAAAAGAUUCAGUCCCAACAGAAGAAUGCCAAGAAACAGGCUGAGAAGAAGAAACAUGGAAGCGACCAGAAAGCUGCUGCAAAAGCAGCUUUGGUCUUCACAUGUCCUGUGUGCAGGACACAGAUGCCAGAUCCCAAAACCUUCAAGCAGCACUUUGAAAGCAAGCACCCUAAGUCUCCAAUGCCUCCAGAACUAGCGGAUGUGCAGGCAUAGCAUGAAUAACGAUAUGUCCUCAGCUGAUGAAUGCACUGAAUGAAAUGGGUUGGGCAUCUCUAAAAGCCAUUUCUUCUUCAGUUCUGGCCGCGCCUACUGCAUACGUUAUGUUACGUCACAGAUGUGUGACAUAAGAAUAUUUGGACUUUGAUGCUGCAGCAACUACUAAUAAUUCACAGUAUGGAUUUGUAUACGUCAUUAUACGAGUGAUAUUGUGUGUCUGAUUAUUUUUUAUUCUUCAAAGGGAGCAUUUCUACCCCAUGUGUGGACACUUUCUCCUGCUGACGGGCUAUGAGUUGAUGUGAAGAUUAGGUUGGAUAUACCUUUCAUUACAACACUAUAACUGACCCAAGUUUUAUCUUAAUAUGUUUCCUUAGUGCUGUAACCAAAGGCAUUGUAAAUGUUUCCCACAUGCUGUUGGAAUAUAGGGUCAGAUGUAUUAAGCCUGGAGAAGUGACAAAACAGUGAUAAGGUGAUAACACACCAGCCAAUCUGCUCUAAUAUGUAAAUCGACAGUUAGGAGCCGAUUGGCUGGUGUGUUAUCAACUUCCACUUAUCACUGGUUUAUCACUUCUCCAGGCUUAAAACAUCUGCCCCAAUCUUACACAUUACAUACCCGUAUUUCAGCAUAGCAAUAGUACUUUGUUUAUUGUAUUCCAGUGCAGAUCCCUAUAGGUCAUCUGAUCCAAUCUAUGAUGAUGCUGCUGAUCUUCUCACUAAUCUAAACCACAAGUAAUACUUAAAUAAGGCUUCCUAACUGUGCCAACUCUAAACACUUUGUACCAGUGGUUCCCAAACUUUUUUUGAAUUGUGGCGCCCUAGAGUAUCAGCAUUUAUUUUGAUGGUACCUCUAUGCCAUAAGUAUCUGAUAAGUAUAAAUUGUGCUUAUGUCACCAUUUGGAUCAGUUAUGUAGUGGAGGUCAGGGUUGCAUUUCUGUUUGUCACAUUUUAUGAUUGGCAGCCACCAGGUCUGGUUCUGACUAUUACAUGGACUUCUAAAUAAUGUAAUUUGGUCCUGAGGUACCCCUCCCUGUGCCACUGCGCCCAGUUUGGCAACCACUGCUGUACAUUGCUUUACCAUUACCAGCUGUACCCAAGGUAAAAACCACUCUAUACAAUUUAAACUAUGUUUCUGAAGGGAAUAACAUCGAGGUGUAGAGUUGGAUCUUGAUUCGAGGCACCAACAGGCUAAAGCUUUGACCGUUCCCAGGAUGCACUGCACCGCCUCCUCUAUAGCCCCGCCUCCAAGCACUGGAGCUCACUUUGUAAGUUGGUGCCUGUAGUGCAGGUCACUAACAGGGGGGGCUGCGCUAGGCAGCCCUGAAAAGAGCUUUAAUAAGACUUCAAGGUCCGCAGCACUUUUAUGUAAUUCUGCCAUGCUGUGCUGCUGCUCCAUCACUUCCCUCAGUGGCGCUGCAUACUCCUGUGGCCUGGUUCCCUGGUACUUGCAGUGGAGACGCACUUGUUUCUAGGCACACCACUGCUGCUGCUCUCCUGGAUCGCGUGGCUGCAUGACAGGGAGGAGGUAAGAGUGUCCCCCAGGUGGGACCCGCCGGUAAAUCGCAAUCCGGUCACAGUCCGCUCUGCUGGCGUUGACACUGUGGCCAUACAGGUACCCCACUAUAUCCACCAGGGCAGGGAGCACAGGUCGGAUUUACCAAAAAUCUGUCUGUAAUAGGCUCCAUAGUACCCAGUGGUGAAGUCCAGCAGAGGGGAUAAGGCGCUGACCUGUAGCCCCUACCCCAGCUCUGGGCGCCAUCUACUGCUGGUGUUCCCGCCCUGGAGCUGCAUUUCUCUCUCCCUCACUCCCUGCUGAGAUAGCUGGGCUGAUCUGCGGGACUGCUGGGUACUGUCCCCUCUGUUAAACCGCCUGUCUUGCCAACGCUGUGUAACACUUAAGUAUUCUACAUGUCAUUUUAGACCUAGUCUGGACCUGGACUCCAAAAAGACCUUGGAAGUUCUCCCUUUUAAGGGAGACAUACUAUUUGGGGAGGAUCUGAACAAGAUCGUGACUGACUUGGCAACAGCUAAGACUGCAUUUCUCCCAAGUACUAAUCCUUCUGCUCCGAAGGCUAAGAGUACCACUUUCGAUCUCCAGGUAAAGCAAAGGGUCAGGCGUCCCCGAGACAGGCUCGUACUUCCAAAACCACCAAGCCCAAGUCUAAGCAAUCUUGGGCCGCCCGUCAGCCUGCGGCAUGACUGGGCGGGCCUCCCCCUGGAGUACCCCAGGGUGGGAGGCCAACUUCUGCGGUUUGGCCGGGCCUGGUUAAAGACCACUUCAGACACCUGGGUGUGGGAAGUUGUCUCUCACGGGUACGCAAUCUCAUUCAGGAGCUGUCCCCCUCACCAGUUCUGCUCGAUGGUUAUCCCUUCAGAUCCGCUAAAAGCACAGACUUUACACUUGGUUGUACAAUCUCCCCUAGAUACUGGAGUAAUUGUGCCGGUACCUCUGUCUCAAAGAGGCAGGUGCUACUAUUCGACCCUGUUUCUAGUCCCGAAACCAAAUGGGUUCUCCCGGCCUAUACUCAACCUCAAAUCUUUAAACUAAUUUGGGAGGUAUCCAAAUUUCAUAUGAACUAUUGUACUGGUCAUGGAACCCAAGGAUUAUAUGGUAUCCCUGGACAUACAGGAUGUUUACCUGCACAUUCCUAUUGCCUUGUCGCAUCAGCAAUAUCUGCGGUUUGCUAUUGGCAACCUACAUUAUCAAUUCAGGGCUCUGCCGUUUGAACUGACCACGGCUCCUCGGAUCUUCACCAAGGUCAUGGCAGUCAUGACGGCUCUUCUCCACCGUCAGGUUGUCGGGAUCAUGCCGUAUCUGGACGACUUGCUGAUCCUGGCAAACACCCCAGAGGUUCUCCUCUGUCAUCUGGAACUGACGUUCCAUUUCUACAAGCCCACGGGUGGCUCAUCAACUGGAAGGAGUCCUCGCUGGACCCUGCUCAGAGCAUGGUGCACCUGGGGGCAUUGGGGGUAAUUCUAAGUUGAUCGCAGCAGGAUUUUUGAUAGCAAUUGGGCAAAACCAUGUGCACUGCAGGGGAGGCAGAUAUAACAUGUGCAGAGAGAGUAAGAUUUGGGUGGGUUAUUUAGUUUCUGUGCAGGGUAAAUACUGGCUGCUUUAUUUUUACACUGCAAAUUAGAUUGCAGAUUAAACACACCCCACCCAAAUCUAACUCUCUCUGCACAUGUUAUAUCUGCCUCCCCUGCAGUGCACAUGGUUUUGCCCAAUUGCUAACAAAAAUCCUUCUGCGAUCAACUUGGAAUUACCCCCAUUGUUGGACACACACAACACGAUUGUUCUUGUCUCCAGAGAAGGUCCUGAAACUUCAGGACAGGAUCAGAUACUUCCUCUCUCGCCAGAUAGUGUCAAUACACUCGGCGAUGCAAGUACUAGGCCUCAUGAUGUCGGCAUUCGACAUGGUAGAGUACGCUCAAUUUAAUUCCCGCCCUCUGCAGAGGUUAAUCCUUUCCAAGUGGAACGGCCUGCCUCACAGGAUCAGGUCUCAAAUGAUCUCCUUGACUCCAGAGGUUCGUCUGUUACUGAGCUGGUGGUUACAGGACCAACUGUUGAGCAGGGGGCCGUCCCUUCUGGAUCUCCAACUGGGUCCUCUUGACAACUGUGAGGUUGGGGCGCGUUGUUGGAGCAACACUCUCUUCAGGGUCGGUGGACCAGGGAGGAAUCUCUCCUCCCGAUAAACAUUCUGGAAUUGCGGGCAGUGUUCAAUGCGUUGACACUGGCCCUGACUCUUGUACAGAACAGGCCUGUUCAAGUACAAUCAGACAAUACCAUCACGGUGGCGUACAUAAAUCAUCAAGGCGGCACUCGAAGCCGCAUGGAUAUGAUGGAAGUGUCAAAUAUCCUCCAAUGGGCGGAACACCAUCUGUCCGCCAUAUCGGCAGUGUUCAUUCUGGGAGUCCUCAACUGGUAAGCGGACUUCCUCAGUCGUCAGGACGUGCACGCAGGAGAGUGGAGCCUUCAUCUAGAAGUCUUUCAACUCCUAGUGGACAAGUGGGGCCUACCAGAUGUAGACCUGAUGGCAUCUCGACACAAUCACAAUGUUCCGGUCUUCGGAGCAAGGACAAGGGAUCCUCAAGCAGCAUUCGUGGACGCACUGGCAAUUCCAUGGAACUUUCGGCUGCCAUAUGUGAUCCCUUCAGUGUCACUCCUGCCCAGGGUAAUACGGAAGUUCAAGCAAGAAGGAGGAAUACUACUUCUAGUCGACCCAGCGUGGCGCAGACGGCAUUGGUUCUCAGUCCUGCAGGGUCUCUCGAUAGAGCGUCCUCUUCUAUUUCCUCAACGCCCAGACCACCUCGUUCAGGGCCCUUGUGUCUACCCAUACCUGGCCAGUCUGGCUUUGACGGCGUGGCUCUUGAGCAUCACUCCUGAGAGCAAAAAGAUUCUCUGAGGCUUUCAUACAAACUAUGUUGAAGGCCCGUAAACCAGCUUCGGCUCGGAUUUAUUACAGGGUCUGGAAUUCUUACUUCACAUGGAGUGCUGCUAAGAAUUAUGAUGCAUAUACUUUCAAAACUUCCAGACUUUUGGCUUUUCUACUACAAGGCUUAGACUUGGGCUUUCGUCUGGCCUCCCUCAAGGUUCAUAUAUCUGCCUUGUCUGUGUGGUUUCAGAGAAAAAUUGCGUCUCUUCCUGACGUUCACACUUUCACUCAUGGUGUUCUAAGGAUCAGCUUCCCUAUGUCCCUCCUAUAGCUCCAUGGGAUCUGUCUGUCGUCUUUAAAUGCCCUGCAAGAGUCUCCAUUUGAACCUCUUGAGUGGACCUUAAAUGCCUUACGCUUAAGGUCGUGUUUCUGUUGGCUAUUGCUUCUGCUAGGAGGGUGUCUGACUUCGUCCACCCUUUCUGAUUUUUCACAGUGACCGGGCAGUUCUUCGAACUCGCCCUGGUUAUUUACCUAAGGUGGUAUCCUCUUUUCACCUUAACUAGGAGAUUGUGGUUCCGGCCUUCAUGUUCUUCUGGUUUGUCCUCCAAAGUAAGAUAUUUGGACGUGGUACAGACUCUCCGUAUUUAUGUGGAAAGGACUGCCUCUAUCAGGAGGUCAGAUUCCCUUUUUGUACUUUUUUGGUUUUCACAAACGUGGCUGGCCUGCGAAUAAGCAGAUCUUGGCCAGAUGGAUUAGAAUGGUGAUUGCACAAGUUUAUGCGCAGGCUGGACUGCCAGCUCCUGCUACUAUCGAGGCCCAUUCUACUCGGUCGGUUGGACCUUCUUGGGCGGCCCGCCGUGGCGCAUCCGCAGAACAGUUGGGCAAGGCGGCUACAUGGUCCUCAGUGAACACGUUCAUCAGGUUCUAUGCCUUUUGAUACUUCCGCCUCCCAGGAUGAUGCUUUUGAAUGCCGGGUUCUUUAGGACAUCCCCGAUGUUAUUCCCUUUGGAAUACCAGUGUACCCUGCUGCAGAAAAGGAGAUUUAUGGUAGACUUACCAUUGUUAAAUCUUUAUGCAGGGUACACUUGGAUUAGACAGGGCGCCCACCCUGACGCACUUAGCUUCUUUGGGUUUAUUUGGCAUAGCUGCUAGUCCCUUCUCCUGUCGUGAGAAUGUGGUUCUAUGUGACUAACAUCUACCGUCUCUUACCUGCUACUGCAUUGGACUGGUUAACAAAACAGCUCCAGUGCCUUGAGGUAGGGCUAUAGAAGAGGUGGUGCAGUGCAUCCUGGGAACAUUUAAAGCUUUAGCCUCUUGGUGCCUCGGAUCAAGAUCCAGCUUUACACCCCGAUGUUAUUCCCUGUGGAAUCUAGUGUACCUUGCAGAAAGAGAUUUAACAAUGGUAAGUCUACCAUAAAUUUCCUUUUUAAUUAUUGUAACAGCCAUUAUAGCUAUGGAAAUGAUUACGGAAAAUAUUUUUUUGAUUGUGGUUUUUUUUUGGGGGGUUUUUUUUUGUUUUUGUCAGGUCUUUUUAAUCUUUCAGUUCAGUACAUUCUGCCGGACACUCUCUUGCCAAGUCUGGGGCUUUGCCCUAUCUCUCUAGUCUUGAUACUUUGUAGUAUGGUGAAGUAAUCUCCAUGAUUGAUUCACUAUAACUUUUUUUUUUUUUUUUAAUAAAUAUUGUUUUAUGGUAUGGCAUCAUGAAACUAGCAAUCAGCUUUGAAUACGUCUGGUCAUCAUUAUCUCUUUAGUUAAACCUAAAUGUUGUAUUCAUUUAAUAAGACUAUUCCUACCUAAAACCUCUGUGCCAAGUUCUCUGUUAAAGACAGUGUGGUUGGAUAUUGUUAACUAUACCCAAACUAAAUACGGUUUUGUUGGGGUGUUUUUUUUUUUUUUUUUUUUUUCUAUUGUGUGUUCCAAUCAUUCCUCACCAUAUCCCAGGAAAAAAAUAAUCAAUUUAAAAUACACUCAAAAUUGUCUAUAGUUUCCAAUAUCCUCAACAUGAUAGAAGUUAACAUAUCCUACAAUUUCCUGUGUACGCCUAUGUUAAUAAGGUAUUUUGUGUAACGAUCUUUAAUAAAUAUCUCAUUUGGAAGUAA